AUUUUUCGUGGUAAAUAUGUUUUUAAACAAUAGGUGAUUAAUUAAAAAGGCAUCCUGUAGAUUCUUGAAAUCUGUGGGGAUUAGGAAGGCACUGUCACGAUUUUGAUGGCCAUCUAAAUUUCCAUUGGUUGAACUAUACAAUAGACCCCUAUCGCCACGUAUCCAAUCGGCAACCUUAUUUCUCUACGUUUUCUAAAUCAUGAACGCACGCAGAACCUAUUCAGGAGCUUUUGGUUGGCUGACGGGGUGCAUGACCUUUGAGGGAAUGAUUGGAACAAGUGAAAUAAUGAAAACCCUUCCACCAGUGAAGGCAUAAUUUAAGUUAAGAAUGAUUAUUUGGCUAUUUGGCUAGAGAUUGAACUUGAUCGAAUGAUUUGACAGUGAGAAGUCACUUGCCUCCCUAUUCUUGUCAUUGUUGAUUCUAAUAUCUUUCUCGUGUGCAAAUACAUUUGGCUUUCAGCAGCCUUGAGUUACUUUGAAUGAAAUCCUUAAUGAGUCGUUCAAGUUCUUUAAGUGAUUGUAAACCAGUGUUAAUUUACCAUUUCUUUGCCUUUUUUGACCGCAAAAGAACACUCAGGUCUGUGUUUGCAAAGCACGGCCUUGUUGUUUGUCUUUGUGAGAAAUACAGCAAAAAGAACUGGUCACCUGUGCAAAAUGAUCAAUUUUCUUAUAAGAAGCAUGCAUGCCAAUUCUUCUUUGCAAGUGCAAGUCUGAGCAUCUGUUUUUAUGUAAGCAUUUCAGACAAGGGCCGAGAUGCGGCUUUUUGUUCCAGCCACCGUUGAUAAGUUAGUGUAGCAGUAGCCAUUCUUAAUGAUAUAAAAGAAUUUACUCGUGCUGCGAAAAAAGACCCUCCAAGCCCCCCUUUUUAGGUCCUUGAUUUCAAAAGAGUUUGUAAAUAGAAACAGUUGUUUUUGUCUCGCAGUCAUGAGGGAGGCUGCCUCGCUCUCGAACCGCGGCGACUUCCCUUGAAAAAAGCUUCCACCGGUGUGGGGAGGAAGUAAAUAAGACGAAUUGAUGGAAACACAAAGGUAACAUUAAUUAACGUUGUAUGCUUAUCAGCAAAUGAGCAGAUGUUUGUUAUUCGGAAUAUUGUGCGGAUGAGGCAGAUGUUUUCGGAGAUAAACGGGCUAAGUAACUCAGCAGUUCAGUGUUAGGCCAUUUGUUUCGUGUGGUCGCGAUGAACAACCAAAGUUUUGUUUCAAGUCUCUGUGCGUUUCCAGUUGCAAUUAUAGUCGUGUUCUUGUCUCUAUCGUGUUGUAAUGCCGUAGAAAACACCAUCUCAGAAGAUUUAAAGUUGAAAAACAAACAACAUGGGAAAUGGGAAAAACUUGGAGAUCAUGGCCAACCAAUUGAAGAUGGAUUAUUAAAUCUUGAUUAUUCAAUAGGGGGCGCAGAUUUCUAUGCUCAUUUUAUCAGGAAAAGAAAUCCAGUUGUCUUUAGAGGGAUUGCAAAAGAUUGGGAGGCAGUGAAGAAAUGGCAAGACGAAAAAUACCUAGAGGAGAAGUAUGGCCACGUGUUAAUGGAUGUUGAGCUAGGAAAGGUUUACAAGAAUGAUUUGUAUCCCAGAAAAACAAUGAAUAUGAGUGAAUUUCUAGGAAUAUACAAAAAUAGUACUGUUUAUCUUGAUUCCCCAUUCCCACAAACUGAGAUGAUGAAUGACCUUGAAGUUCCAGUUUUUAUGCAAUGCCCAGAGCUUUCACCAAAUUUUACUAGUGCUCACUUGCUUUUUUCAAGUGGCAACACAAGCUCUUGUUUUCACCAAGAUGGUUAUGAGAACUUAUUAACAAUGAUUUCAGGAAGAAAAGUUGUUACAUUGGUUAAUUACACAUACAUGCGAGAAGUUUAUGCUGACAAUAUUGAUACAUUUCCAGGGUUAUCACCAAUUAGUCCUGAAGCGGUUGAUUUUGAUAAAUGGCCCCUAUUUAAAGACAUACCAUUUUUCAAGAUCACAUUACAUCCGGGAGACCUUGUUUAUAUUCCAAAGCACUGGUGGCACCAUGUGAGAUCUCAUGGCUCUCCAAAUAUUGGUGUAUCAAUUUGGUUUAAUCUAUUUGCAAAUACAACAGAACCUGGUGAUAACGAGGAGAUUCUAGGCAUAAGAGAUGUCACAAAGCUUGAAGAGCAGUUUGCCAAAACUGUCAGUAGUGCCCCUGAAACAAUUGAAUGCAGAUCACAGAAUAUACCGAUUUCAAAAUUCUUAACAUUUGAGCAGACAUGGAAUACGCCUAAAGAUGAAAACUUUGCUCAGAAAAAAAUAAAGCUUAAAAAUGGCCAUGAAAUGCCAAUACUUGGCUUUGGGACUGCUGGGCUAUUUGAAAAGACUGAAGAAAUGAUGAAGAUUGCACUGAAGGAAGGUUAUAGGCUAAUUGAUUCCGCGCAAGCUUAUAAUGAAAGUGCUAUCGGCUAUGCGUGGCGUUCAUCUGGAUUGCAACGAAGUGAAGUUUUUAUAGUUUCCAAGAUUCAUCCUAAAAACUUGGGUUUCGACACAACAAUUCAAUCUAUUGAUGAAAGUUUAUCGAAUCUGCAGACGGAUUACGUUGAUCUGAUGUUAAUCCAUUCGAAGGAUUGUGAUGAGGGUCCAGGUGCGCUGUUGGUUUGUGGGAAAGGGGAGCCGAAAGGAGAUUGGAUCGAAACAUGGAGAGCAUUAGAAUUCAUGGUCAAAAAAGGGAAGAUACGAAGCAUAGGCGUCAGCAAUUUCGAAGUUGACGAUCUGAUAAAGUUGCGAAAUAUCACACAGGAAGAUUUGUCAGUGGUGCAAAAUUGGUUUGAUCCUUUUAAUACGGACGAUGCUGUCAGAGAAUGGUGCAAGAAAAACGAUGUUGCCUACAUGGGCCAUAGUACUCUGGGAGAAUCCUGGGUGAGAGAAGGAAUGUCAUACAAUCCAGUGAUUGAAAAUGAAGGCUUGAAAAGAAUUGCUCACAGAUUCGAUGCUGAUGUCCCACGUGUUGUUCUGCGAUGGGCAAUCGGAAAUGACGUCAUUGCAAUACCUCGCUCAUCAAAUCCUGAUCAUAUUGCGACCAACCUUGUUCUAAGCUUUAUAGAAUUCGACCAACAUGACAUUGAAUACAUAACUGGUUUGAAAAAUACAUUGGAUCUCGAGAUGCAAAGCGGAGGAGACCAAGAUAACGUACUCAGUUCAAGUAAGAACCCCAAUCAAGGGCCUAACAAUAGCGACAAAUCAUUUGUUUACAGCAACGUGCUUUCUGAAGAAGUUUCUCCGGACGUUCCAACGAUUUUCCUAAGCUCUGAUGAUUUCUGGAUUUACGCCUUCGAUGCACAAACUGGGAAAAUAAUGUGGAAGACUGAAACUGCAGACGAAACUGGAUCUUCUUGCGAUUUUAGCCUAAAUGGGGAAAUAAUCUAUUGUGGUGCAGAUGAUUCUUACAUUCGUGCGCUUUACACUCGCAAUGGGACCUUGGCUUGGAAGCACAAGACUGGAUCUAGUGUGACGUCAUCCUGCCAUGUUACAAAAGAUGGCACUAUAGUCGUCGGCUCCCACGACCGGUUCCUUUACGCACUGCAUGCCAAUGGGACGCUAAGAUGGCGAUUCAAGACCUCCGAAUCUAUUUGGUCAUCUCCUGUUUCCAACAGCCAUGGUGACCUUGUUUUUGUUGCCUCGUAUGCAGAAUACGGGGAUAACGUCUACGCCGUUGAUUUAAAUACCGGAAAAGCAAAGUGGAAGUUUGAAGGAGAAGGAGGUUUUAUAUCUUCCCCCUCUGUCAGUCCUGACGAGUCGAUUGUGGUCUUUUGCAGUGGAUAUGGCAUUGUAUAUGCACUUGAUCUGUGGACUGGGGAGCUUGUAUGGAGAAAGAAGUUCGCUGGUGCUAUAGAGUCGACGCCUGUCUUCACAAGGAAUAACCGGCUGUUUAUUACUACGCACGAUGGUGAAGUUGCUGUUGUAGAUGGUCAUAAAGGGAAACUUUUAUGGAGCAAACAAGUCUCUGUUAACGUCACUUCAAGCCCAACACUAGGCCCUGAUGGCCAGGUCUUCAUCUCUGGUGGUGAUGGCCUACUCCUCAGUUUGGCCCAGAAAAAUGGUGCACAAAUAUGGAGUAAAAAGUUAGGAUUGAUGACUUUCUUCUCAUCCCCUCGCCUCUCAAAAAAUGGUAUGCUUUACGUUGCGACUGCGGACAAACCAGGACCAUUGUUUGCUCUCAAACCUGAGAAUGGGGAAAUCAUAUGGAAAACAGACACUGAUGGACCAAUAGUUGGUACACCUCUUAUAACAAGGAAAUUUGCUGUUACAUAUAAAUGAUAUAAAUAUGAAUUAUUAAAUAUUUAAGGGUUUAAACAGGAAACUUAAUCACAUUUAUUAGAUAAAAUCUUUCAGUCACUAUCAUUUACAACAAGGUAUUGAUAUAGUGUUAAAUUAUUGACGUCAUAACAAUAUACUCUUUUGAAUUUUACUUAAUGAAUAGACUGAAAAAAGACUCAUGAAGUUAACCAGUUAACCAGAUACAAAUUGGUUAUCUUUGCAAAAAGA